AUGCUUUAUGAAUUUGAUCCAUUAAUAGGUGAACAUAUCAACAGAAUCAAAAACAAAGAAACUCAUGAUCACUACUUAUGCCAUCAAAUUCAAGACGAGUUGAUAGAAAUUAUAGCUGAAAAAAUAAAAGAAAACAUACUAAGUAAAAUUAAACAAUUCAAAUAUUAUUCGGUCAUAAUGGAUUCUACGCCCGAUAUAAAUCAUCAAGAACAAGUUUCAAUAGUUAUUAGAAUUGUUCUUAUGAAUUCGGAAAAUAGUGAGGACAUAAUAUCGAUCAAAGAAUAUUUUUUAACUUUUAUAAAUGUACACUCAACAACAGGUCUUAAUCUUUCAAAUACUUUAAAAAAUCAACUAGAUGAAUAUGGUUUAAAAUUGUCAAAUUGUAGAGGGCAAAGUUAUGAUAAUGGGUCAAACAUGAUCGGUCUCUAUAAAGGUGUUCAGUCCAGAAUAUUACAAAAUAAUCCAAGAGCUUUCUUUGUACCAUGUUCUGCUCACAGUCUAAACUUAGUUUUAAGAGAUUCUGCUAAGAGUUCUACCAAAGCGAUUACAUUUUUUGGAUAUCUUGGUAGAAUAUAUAAUUUAUUUUCAGCGUCUACUCAUAGAUGGGACAUAUUUAAAUCUCACUGUAAUCUAUACACUGUAAAACAAUGGUCCGAGACCAGAUGGGAAAGCCGGAUUAAUAGUGUUGAAGCCAUACGUCUUCAAGUAAAAAAUGUGAUGCAUGCAUUAAGUGAAAUUUUACAAACGUCCGAUGACCCAAUUACUAAAAGUGAAGCAUUAUCAUUGUUGAAUGAAGUUGGAAGUUUUGAAUUUUUAUUAAGUCCGAUUAUUUGGUAUGAACUACUUACAGAAGUAAAUAUUGUAAGUAAGAAUUUUCAAAACCCUAAUAUGCAAUUAGAUGUUUUAACUAACAUGCUUAAAGGUCUUAUUGUAUUUCUUGAAAAAUACCUAGACAACGGAUUUGAAAAAGCAAUGGAAACUGCCAAACAACUAGCAAUUACUAUUGAGAUUGAACCUACAUUUAAUGAAAUACGUUACAGCAAAAAGAAAAUAUAUUUUAGUGAUGAAAGUGUUGAUGAAACCCUUCAAGAUCCAAAGCAAAAUUUUCGAACUCAAUAUUUUUUAGUUAUUUUGGAUUCAGCGAUUAUGUCAAUGUCAAAGCGAUUUAACCAAAUAAAUAAUUUUAAUUCGAAUUUUGGAUUUUUGUAUGAUGUAAGCAAGUUAAAAACUAUGCCUGACGAAGAAAUUCGUAAACAUUGCCAAGAUCUUCAAAUAAUUUUAACAGAUGGUGAAGAUAAAGAUAUAGAUGCUAUUGAUUUAUUUGAAGAACUUCUCAUUCUUCGAAGAUGGUGA